AUGGGAAAGAUCAUCUUUUACGAAGGCCGCAAUUUCCAGGGGCGCUUUUACGAGUGCUCUGAGGACUGCUACGACACCUUCAGGCACUUCAGCUGCUGCAACUCCAUUCGGGUCAUGGGGGGUUACUGGGUGGCCUAUGAGAAGCCCAACUACAUGGGUUAUCAGUACAUCCUGGGCCGUGGGGAGUACCCUGACUUUCACUACUGGAUGGGCUUCAACAAUUGCAUCAGAUCUUGUCAGAUGUAUCCCCCAUACAGAGGAGGCUACAAGAUGAGAAUCUACAACAGACCUGACAUGGCUGGACACAUGAUGGAGUUCUCAGAUGACUGCCCCAACGUCUAUGAUCGCUUCCACUUCCAUGACAUCUACUCUGCCCAUGUUAUGGAGGGCUACUGGAUCUUCUAUGAGCACCCGCACUACAGAGGCCGCCAGUACUUCCUCAGGCCCGGGGAGUACAGAGCCUGUGCAGACUGGGGCUGCUACAACCCCAUGAUUGGCUCCUUCAGGAGAAUGAGAGGUGGUUUCAUGUAG